UCCCCUUUCUUUCUUAUCCUGGGUGAAUGACGCUCAGCUAAAGUGACUGCCCCACUGUCACUGCCUCUUAAUUUGGUACUCUGUAACUCUGGCUAAGAAGGCUUCUCCCUCUUCUUUUUUUUUUCCCCUCCCAAAACUCUUUUUGGAAAAUUCCCUACAAGAGCUGAACUUUAAAAACAUUUACUUUAUAGAAAGCAACAGAAAGGCAGCAUGUCAGCUGAAACACCAGUCACACUGAAUAUUGAUCCUCAGGAUCUGCAGGUCCAAACAUUCACUGUAGAGAAACUACUGGAACCUCUCAUAAUCCAGGUUACUACACUUGUAAAUUGUCCCCAGAAUCCUUCUAACAGGAAAAAAGGAUGUUCAAAAAGAGCCAGAGUCCUUCUAGCUUCUGUGGAGGAAGCGACUUGGAAUUUAUUAGACAAGGGAGAGAAGAUUGCCCAGGAAGCCACAGUUUUAAAGGAAGAGCUUACUACUGUACUUGAGGAAGUUCGCAAAGAAAGUGAAGCUCUGAAAGUAUCAGCUGAGAGAUUUGCAGAUGACCCCUGUUAUCUCCCAAAAAGGGAGGCUGUGGUUCAGGCUGCCCGUGCCUUGUUGGCUGCAGUUACCAGACUCCUUAUCCUCGCAGACAUGAUUGAUGUCAUGUGUCUCUUACAGCACGUGUCAGCUUUUCAAAGAACAUUUGAGUCUCUUAAAAACAUUUCCAAUAAAUCUGACCUCCAGAAAACCUACCAGAAGCUUGGGAAGGAGCUGGAAAAUCUGGAUUAUUUAGCCUUCAAACGUCAGCAGGACUUAAAAUCUCCAAAUCAGAGGGAUGAAAUCGCAGGGGCCCGGGCCUCACUGAAGGAGAACUCCCCGCUCUUGCAUUCAAUUUGUUCAGCUUGUUUGGAACAUUCUGAUGUUGCUUCCCUUAAAGCCAGCAAGGACACAGUUUGUGAAGAAAUUCACAAUGCCCUCAAUGUAAUUUCAAAUGCUUCACAAGGCAUCCAGAAUACGAUUGCCCCACCGGAAUCUAAGGCAGCCACCCUGGGAAGUGCCCUUGAUGAGCUUGAGAAUUUAAUUAUCUUGGAUCCACUCACAGUGACUGAGGAAGAAAUAAGACCAUCACUAGAAAAACGUCUUGAAGCCAUUAUCAGUGGGGCUGCACUGUUGGCUGACUCUUCCUGCACAAGAGAUUUCCAUCGGGAACGGAUUAUCGCAGAAUGCAAUGCCAUUCGUCAGGCUCUCCAGGACCUGCUUUCAGAGUACAUGAACAAUACUGGAAAAAAGGAAAGGAGUAAUACCCUGAAUAUUGCAAUAGACAAUAUGUGCAAGAAGACAAGAGACCUUCGCAGACAGCUCCGUAAGGCUAUUAUAGAUCAUGUGUCAGACUCCUUUUUGGAUACAACGGUCCCACUUUUGGUUCUCAUUGAAGCUGCCAAGAAUGGCCGGGAAAAGGAAAUAAAAGAAUAUGCUUCGAUAUUUCGUGAGCACACCAGCAGGCUUAUAGAGGUGGCAAAUCUUGCUUGUUCCAUGUCAACAAAUGAAGAUGGGAUUAAAAUUGUUAAAGUUGCGGCCAAUCACCUGGAAACCUUGUGUCCACAGAUCAUUAAUGCUGCACUUGCUUUGGCUGCAAGACCCAAAAGUCAAGUGGUCAAAAAAAACAUGGAAAUGUACAAGCACACAUGGGAGAAUCAUAUCCACGUCCUCACCGAAGCUGUAGAUGACAUCACAAGCAUUGAUGACUUCCUCGCUGUAUCUGAGAGCCAUAUCCUAGAAGAUGUCAACAAAUGUAUCAUAGCCUUGAGAGACCAGGAUGCUGAUAACUUAGACCGUGCUGCAGGUGCCAUCAGAGGACGGGCAGCAAGACUUGCUCAUAUUGUCACAGGUGAAAUGGACAGUUAUGAGCCGGGAGUUUACACUGAAGGCGUGAUGAGAAAUGUUAACUUCCUUACAAGUACUGCAAUUCCUGAGUUUGUAACACAAGUGAAUGUUGCCUUGGAAGCCUUAAGUAAAAACUCUUUGGAUGUAUUUGAUGAUGAUGAAUUUGUGGACAUCUCAAAGAAGAUCUAUGAUACAAUCCACGAUAUCAGAUGUUCAGUCAUGAUGAUUCGGACCCCAGAGGAACUGGAGGAUGUUUCUGACUUGGAAGAGGAACAUGAGGUGCGCAGUCACACCAGCAUUCAGACUGAAGGGAAAACUGACCGGGCUAAGAUGACUCAGUUGCCUGAGUCAGAAAAGGAAAAGAUUGCUGAGCAAGUUGCUGAUUUCAAGAAAGUAAAGAGUAAACUGGAUGCUGAGAUUGAAAUAUGGGAUGAUACAAGCAAUGAUAUCAUUGUUCUGGCUAAGAAGAUGUGUAUGAUUAUGAUGGAGAUGACAGACUUCACAAGGGGCAAAGGACCACUAAAACAUACAACUGAUGUGAUUUAUGCCGCUAAAAUGAUAUCAGAAUCAGGAUCAAGGAUGGAUGUCCUUGCUCGGCAGAUUGCCAACCAGUGUCCAGAUCCAUCAUGCAAACAAGAUUUGUUGGCCUACUUGGAACAGAUUAAGUUUUACUCUCACCAGUUGAAAAUCUGCAGUCAAGUUAAAGCUGAGAUCCAGAACUUAGGAGGAGAGCUCAUCAUGUCAGCUUUGGACAGCGUCACCUCCCUGAUCCAAGCGGCCAAAAAUUUAAUGAAUGCUGUAGUGCAAACAGUGAAAAUGUCUUACAUUGCCUCAACCAAGAUCAUCCGAAUUCAGAGUCCUACUGGGCCUCGGCACCCAGUUGUGAUGUGGAGAAUGAAGGCUCCUGCAAAAAAGCCCUUGAUUAAAAGAGAGAAGCCAGAGGAAACUUGUGCAGCUGUCAGACGAGGCUCAGCAAAGAAAAAAAUCCACCCAGUGCAAGUCAUGAGUGAAUUUAGAGGAAGACAUGUCUACUGAAACCACUCUUCUACUCUGGUGUCCAUAUUACAAAGUCCUGGCUAAACACACUGCUUUACUUUUACACUUGAUUAGUUCUGUAAGUUCACUAACUUUUAGAAUUUAAUGCACAGAUAGUGUAAAACAUUGGAAGCAACAUAUAUUUGGGAUCAUGUCAUUGUCAUCUCUGUAUGGCCAGCACCUAAUAAGUAAUCAAUAUAUGCUUGUUAAAUGAAUGAACCCUUUAGGUGUCAUUUAACCUUUCCUACUGUAGACAGUAUCUUACACUUAUUACCGAAUGAACAUAGGAGACUCUAGGGAGUCCUGUUCAUCUGUAACAACUUAAGUACACUCACCUUAUCAUUUUGAAUUAGAGCUUUGACAGGAGCUCUUGACUUGGUUUUCAAUGAAAGCAAAAGACUUCAUAAAAUGCUUUCCCAUUUGAUCUCCAUAUUUUCUUUAUCUGACCCAAUCUGACAGACAUCUGUGAAUCUCUGUGAUUCACCUGUAUCUAAUGUCAAUUGAUUAGGGUAACCUCAGAAACUAAUCAAGCUCAGCAGUCAAGUUCAGCCUUGAUUAUUAAUGAAGUAUUUUUUUUUAACAUUAUAAAGAUUACAGUGAAUUUUGAUGCCACAAGUGUACCUUUUAAGCUUCCAUGGUGUUCAGAAGUUCUGCACAUUGAGUAUUAGAUUUAAAUGGGUCCUCCACAAUAGUAUAUGGCAGAAGAGUUAUCACUCGUUGGGGAAAUGAGACACCUAUCUAUAUUCCUGAGUGAGUCAUGAUAACAGAAGUAGAAGGAGUUCUGCCUGACUCUAAAAAUCCAUUUGUAUUAGCUUGCAAUUGUAAUUAAAAGGAAAAGGCCACUUUGAAAAACAUUUUGGCAUCGAGUAAAAUAUAACUGCAUCAAGUAUAUCAUUGAACUAUAAAGUAGAGUUAAUGGCAAAGAAGCUGGAGUGAUUUUGAUAACAUGAUUUAAAAUAAAAGUCGUUGAGGUCAUUUUAUGACUUCAAUCGCUGUACUUAUCCUUAGUUAAGUUCAUGAAGGACUUCAUAAUAGUCUUAGAGUCCAGUGCAUUGCCCCCUCCCUCUAUCCUCCCUUCCCUCUUUGCAGAAGUUAAGUUUCACUUUUCUCACACAUAGAAUUCUCCUUCACAACAUUAUAAACAUGUAUUCCCUAUUCUAUUUUAUCAAAAUUAUACUGUAAUUUUAACUUCACUUUGUACAUACUGCCAUUAAUGAGUUGUUUCAACAAUUAUCUUAAUUUGAUGAAGUAAAAUUCAAACAUGCAACAUCAGUUGAUGCCAGAAGGACCAGUUUGGAUAAAAGAAUGUGUGAAACAUAAGAAUGCACAAAGCCGAGAGUAUCAUGUGUGUGUUACCUUUGGCAAAAUGGUAUGGGAAAAGGAUUUAUUUCAUAGAUAAUUAUCAAUUAUAUGGAAAGUGUUCACUUUUUAUUGUAAUGAAUUAUUUUAUUCUUCCAAAUUGCUGAGUUGCCUUGGCUCAGCAUAUAAACAUCCUAGGAGGUGAAAGCCAUAGGUCCUUCCUGCCUUGCACUCUGCACUGGCCCACAAUAAUUAUUCCAGACAGAGUCCACUCCAUAAAAAAGAAAGCAAUGCAAAAAGGAAUUAGGGAAUCCAGAUAAUUCUAUUUUCCAGGACCAUCUAGAUAAGAAGGCAAAAAAGGGAGUUCCUUUCGUUGAAAUGCUACCAUUGCUUUCUGUUCUAAGGUUAGAUAUUACAAGAGUGACAUCUAUGACCGUUGUUAUCUUAGAUAAAAGGGUGAGUUUAUAAUUUAGUUGAGAAAAUAGAUUUUUUUUAAACACCAAACAACUAGCUCAAAAUCAUAAGUCUCAUUUAGAAAAUCUAAUGUCUGUUUGAUCCUAUGUCAGCUUUCCGCAGUUGGAGUUUAGAAUGCAGUAUUGAUGCCAAAAGAACAGAAAUAACUGGAAAUUAUACAAUUACCAAAUAACCUCUACGUCUUGAAAAAAAUGACAUUUUAUCCCACAUGAGGUGUGAACUGGCCUCUCCUUCAAAGUAGAUUGAUUUCCAGCUUAGCUCAAAGCAAAUUGCAAUUAUACAAAACUUAAUUUAAAAAAAUAACUUGGAGAAUGCCCCAGGAGUAAAGUCCACUGUAGCACUCAAAGGUGUAAUAAGAAAGAGAUGCAUAGAGGUGAGAAAGACAUCUGUCCAGCUGAGUGAAUUCCCGUAGUAGGCAACAUUUUGAGACUUAGUUGGACUCAAAACCACUAAUAAGUGCUUAUACACAAGAACGACUAGCAGCAAAUGCAUUAACAAAACUUUGUACUAUAAAGCAUAGUUAAAUGAAAUUUAUCAGGAAAUAAGAAUGUACAUAUGUGUUUAUAUUUAAGCUCUUCUGCAGGGAAAUGGUAGAAAUUUCUUAACGAGAGUGUUGGGUUGGUGGCCCAUCCAUGCACCUUUUAAAAUUGCAUCACAGAUUUUGGUGCUUCUUCCAAUGAUACAUUUGCUUUAACCUGCUAAUCAAAACUCAAACUCACCUUUUUCUUUUAGUGAAAUUGAUUUAUGCUAAUUUAUGUAGGAAAAAAAAUCCUUGAGAGGGAGGAGGGGGUUUAUACCACCUACAAGGAUAGUUCCAUUUUACUUAGUUGCCAGCAUCAUAGUCAAACAUCAGACUAGAAUCAUAAUGAUAACUUAAAAAAUACCCAUGAAAUCAUAAUACACCAAAUAUUCUUUUAAUUAGAAACACGGGAAGGUUUUUAUCAAGCAGGAAGAAUGACAAAUAUAAAUGUCUCCAUUUUAUUUAUCACAAGUGGAAAUAAUUAGAUUAAAAUAUGUGUUCCUAAUGGAGUUUCUGGGUACAACUCAAUGAAGGAGUCAGGAGAAGAAUUCAAACCCUGAAUUGCUAAGGUAAUUUGUUAAUGAUCUACUUUCUGUUUGUCUUAGAACAUGAGUGAAAACAAUGAAUAUUAAAAAAUAUAAUAUGCUUAAUUAUGACUUCUGGCCUUCACAUACCUCUUAACUUAUCAAUAUCAGUAUAACAUAUGUUCCCCAUAAAAUGCCUUCUGUGUAAGGGCUAAGGACUCCAUAGCUACAUAGAAAGGCUUUUUCAGUCUGGCAUUCACUUACCAGCUUCAAAGGAGAACAGUUUCCAAGUCAUAAUACAGGAAGAUAAAAUCACGGACAUGUAGAUAAGUGCCCAAUUUGAGCCUCAAACGCAAUAAUUAGUGCUCCUCACAUUCAGUAAUGAGUGGUUGAAAAGACACUACCAGAAGUAUUUUUAGUGACUUUCUACACCUUGACUUUCAGUGUGGUCUUUUCACCAUCCAUCCCUGGGCUAGGGAUCCUCCCAUUAACUGCUGAUGGUUCUCUCCCAGACUGAUACAGUCAGGGAUGUUCAUCCCAGCCAAUUAUGCCCAGUUAACAUCCAUUCCUCUUGGUCCAUGCCCCCAAAAUAUCCCACUCUCAUUUCUCAUCUCCUUAGGUGUCUAUCCCACAUAUAAAUUGGUCAAUAUAUUCUAUAGCGUUAAAAUUAUAAAUUUUAAUUCCCAGCAGCUUCCUUCCUUACUUCCUUAUUUUUUCUUUUCUUUUUUUAUCUUGUUUCUAUUCCAGAAAACAUUCUUACCCUUUUUGGUAUCAAAUGCACACUUCCUGAUAGGGAUAGAGGUUCCCAUGGAUACAGGUUUCUGUAUAGAGAUAGAAUGAAUGGAAUGAAGGAAUGAGAUCUGAGAUUUUCCUGAUGAUAUUUACCAUUCUCCAGUGAAUUCUUUGCAGCAUUGCUAUCCUGUUUCAGUAUCAUUGUAAGUAAUUCUCUAGGUCAGCAAAAUACGCACCAGAAUACCAAGUUGAAUGAAAUCUGUACUUUGUUUUGUCAGCCUGUCUUUUGUCAAGACAGCCUGCCUAUUGCAUAUUCGCCAUUUUUCUGUUGGGAUAGUCAGAAAUAUUUCCCUUUGACUUGAUCAGAAAGUUUAGGGUCAUCUAAUUAAAAGGUUGUGAGUGCAUAUUAUUUCAAAAAUCCUUUUAAGUACACUGGGAAAAUUUCUGCAACCUGAGAAAUCUAUAUUUAUAUUUCAUUUUCAUUUAAAUAUCACAUAUCAGGAAAGAACACUUACAGAAAAAAAACGCUGUAGCAUUUUUUGUCAUAAUUCUCUUUCCAUAUUGUUAUGAUAUCUUUAAUAUCAGUAUUUUGCAUGUUACUAUAACAAAAGCCAGGCUUAAUGGCAGAAACAUCUACAUAUAAAGUUUUAAUUUUGAUGUCUUGGGUCUAUUAGGAAAGAAAAUAUAGAUGUUACUAAAACUAAAGAUGUCUUAAUCAAAGCUAUAACACUAUCCUAAAUAUCUACAAGAGAGAAAAGAAGACAUUUAAAAUUUUAUAUACACUUGUUGCCAUUUUUAGCCAAUUCACAGGAACAAAACAAUUUUCUAUUAGAACAAAAGAAACAGUAGUUUACAACAGUCAUCAUUUUACAUGUGAACUUUUCCCCCUACCAGGAUAGAUAGGAUCUAUUCCUGAACACUUCAAAAGAAGAUAAUUAAUACUAUUUGAGAGAACCAUUUCCAAAUGGAACCCAACCUUGCCAGAAUCCUGUUUAUGGGCAAUAGAUAGUUUGUAGGGCUGACCUUUAUGUAGAUCCUAGGACAAGAUAUUUCAUGGCUGCAGGCUGGCUUAUGGCAUCCAAAAGUCCCCAUUGGCUUUAUGGGAACAAAUCACAAAGACUACCUUUCAACAUGAGUUUGACAAGAAAAAGCAAUAUAUACAGAGCAGUUCUAAAGGGAUGUGGGUAAGAAAGUGACAGAGAUGGCAGAGGAGGAUAUAAGAAAAGUAGUUGCAGAAGCAGAUAACUUAUAGCCAAACAGAGGAAGAGGUUUUGGUUCUACACAGAUUGGGGAGCUUCCUCUUGAGGAAUAUUUUAAA